GUUUUGUCCUUUCAGCUAGGUACUAACUAAAAACUACCGCAAAGUUAAUUUCGACUGCCGUCACCAUCACCACUCGACAGUCGACACUCUACCACUGGCAGUAUAGUCGACAAGAUCGUUUUGGAUACUCGUUUGCUAUAAAGAGAAAAAAGAAAUGUAAUGUAAUGAAAAUGGUGAAUGACAAAGAGUGUUUAUGUAUAGGGCAAAGAGUAUAAUAAGUAUUAUCGGUGAAUGACUGAUGAUCUUCCAAACAUAAAUGAUAAACUUUUUGUGAUGAUCUGUCUGAGGAAUAUAUACAAAGCAUUCUAAUAAUUUUUUUAUCUUGGAAUUUGUGUCAAUAAUAAAAAUGAACAUGCAACAAAGAGAAGAAAAACAACUGGAGACUACAAUUCAAGCCAUAUUAAUCAGAGUCAAUGAUUUGAAGACUGCAAUUCAGGCACUUAUAAACAAGCUGGAAACUGAAUACGAAACUAUAAACUGGCCUACAUUUCUGGAUAACUAUGCAAUUUUAUCAGGACAUUUGACUGGAUUAAGUAAGAUAUUACAAGUAGAGCUUGCAGCAUCACUGAAAUCUCGGAUUGUGUUGCCCUUACAAUUGAGCUGUGAACGUGAUGAAGCAUUGGCUCGACUAACUGAAGGCCGUGUUCCAGCAUGUACACAUGAUCUUGUUCCGGAUUUGUUGCGUACAAAACCAGAACCUCAGGCUGAACAAAGGCUACAGCAAUUUAACCAUAAAGCCAGUACUCUAAGCUAUGAUACUGCACAGAAACAAGUUGCUCAAUUCACCAAAGUGGUAAGCCAUGUUUGGGAAAUAAUAUCAAAAGGGCGAGAAGAUUGGGAUGGAGAUUCUAUGAGAUCAGCUGGUAUGCAACCAACCCAUAGCAUAUCUGACACCCACGCUUUGGUGACUGCUGUGGGUACUGGCAAAGGAUUGCGUCCAGGGAUCCCAUCAAUAGUACCACAAGGUGUAGCUCCAGGAAUGGGGCCAUCACGAGGCCCGGCCCCUCAACUUGGUCAAGCAGCUCCAUCUUUGCCAAAAGCACCUUCAGCUAUCAAAACCAACAUCAAAGCUGCCAACCAAAUCCAUCCAUAUCAACGUUAAGUUUUAAGUGUAAUAUUUUAUAAUUUUUGCUCUAAUAAAUAUGUGCUAAAAUUGAUACUUA